UUAAAAUAGGUACACACAACAAACGAACGUGAAUUUCAAAUUAAAAUAAGAAAUGGACGAAAAUUCGUCAGACAGGACUUCAGACCCUGUGUUACGACAGACGAGCAGUAGCAGUACAAAUAAUUUGAAUAACCAAUCAGAAAACCAUUUUGUUAUUGCAAGUUGUCGGAGAAAUGAAGAUCAAACAACAACUGGGCAACAAGAAACUAGUGAGGAAUCUGACACGGAAGAGAGGGUGUUGGUGGCGUAUUGUCGGUCAGGCAAGCUGGGUGCGGCCUACUGCACCCUGCAAACGGGCGAGCUAUUUAUCCUAGAAGAGAUAGUAGACCGUCCACCAGAAUACCUGAUGUUCUUGAGCCUGUAUCGUCAAGUGGAACCGGUCUGUAUCUUACUGGAUGGGAAGAACCAGGGUGCCUUCGUGCAGACUGUCAAGAAGACCGUGUUUGACAGCGACGCUAAUGAUGAGGGACGAUGCAAACUCGUGUUCUUGUCUUCUCAGGAGUAUAAUUUCGAAGCAUGCAAGCGACGUAUCUCCUCACUGUCCCUGCCCACUGAGCCAGCGAACUGCUCUGACGACGAAAGGUCCCUAUACCUUCGGACCGUCAUAGACUACUCUCAAACACAGAGCGUACACGCAUUAGGGGCCUUACUCAGAUACUUGGACCUAAACUGGGCUAAGUUGAGCAUGGAUCUGCAUGGAAAACCGCAAUUUCUAAGUUUAAGGAUCAUUUCACUUGCAGACAUAGUAACAGUAGACGAGGACACGUACCGCGGGCUGCAGGUGUUCAGUGCCGUGGCCCACCCGAGCGCCUUCAAGCGAGGAGUGCGCGGCUCCAGCAGGGAGGGACUCAGCCUCUACCAGCUGUUCAGCCGCUGCGCGUCCAAACUAGGACAGAGGCGGAUGAGAGUACUCCUACAACACCCGACGUCUGACUUGGCGACGCUGGAGAUGCGGCAGGAGCUGAUAGCAUACUUCAUGAAGCCGCAGAGCGACGCGCUCAUGAGGAACAUCUGCUCCUCCUUGCGGUACAUCAAGAAUGUGCAUGGAAUUUUGACUAAAAUCAAGGCACUGUCCGCAAAACCUUACCAGUGGAAAUCUUUAUACAAUACACUAUACAACGCGGUUCUAAUCUGUGAGAUGUGCGAGAGUGCUGGCAAAGUUAGCAAGUUCUUAGAACAACUGGCAUGCUUCGACAACUCCAAACUAUAUGAGAUGGCUUUAUACAUGAACAGGAUCAUAGACUUCGAUUUGUCCAAAACAGAAGGAAAGUUUACCGUCAAGCCUGGAGUGGACCCCGAAUUGGACAUGAAGAAACAGACAAUGGCGAGCCUCCACGGCCUAAUGUCGGAGACCGCGAAGGUGGAGAUGGAGCGCCUGCCCCCGUACAUACAGGAGUGCAGCAUGCUGUACAUGCCGCACCUCGGGUACUUGCUCGGCGUCAAGGUAUGGGACGACAACCUGACUGCUGAGGAUAAAGAACUGCCUGAUAUGAAGUUCAUGUUCCAAAACAACGACUACAUUCAUUACAAAAGUAAGGGAUGUGAAGAGCUGGACGUGCUGAUAGGCGACACGUACCCCGAGAUAGUGGCGCACGAGACGCGCAUCAUGAUGCGGCUCACGGCCGUCAUGCUGGACCAUCUCCACACGCUCACUGCACUCGUCGACAAGUGCGCUGAACUGGACUGCCUCAUAGCAAUAUCGAAAGUAUCGAAGGAGUUCAACUACGUCCGGCCCACGCUGAGCGCGGAGAAGGUGAUCAGCAUCAAGGCGGGGCGCCACCCCCUGUACAUGCUGACGUGUGACAGCUUCGUGCCCAACGACGUGGAGUCCAGCGUCCACGCCGGGUGCGUCAAGAUACUCACUGGACCCAACUCUAGCGGGAAGUCCGUUUAUAUGAAGCAGAUUGGUCUGAUAGUAUACCUGGCCCACGUGGGCAGCUUCGUCCCGGCGGAGUCGGCCGCCGUCGGAGUACUGCGCCACAUACACACGCGGAUACACACCACCGAGUGCGUCGCCGCACACAUGUCCGCCUUCCUCAUAGACCUCAGACAGAUGGCCCUAGCCCUCCAAGAGUCUACAUCCAACUCCCUGCUGAUAGUAGACGAGUUCGGUAAGGGUACCUCGGCUACGGAUGGCCUGGCCCUGCUGGCGGCCUGCCUCAAUACGCUGCUGUUCCGCGGAGACCAGUGUCCACACGUACUGCUGGCCACGCACUAUCUUCAGAUCAAGGAGUAUAUUGUCGACACGCCCAUUGUUCGAUACCUGCGUUUCGAGUACGUGAUCCAAGAUGGAGAGCCAGUGUUCCUGUUCCGUGUGUGUGAGGGGGGCGCUACUUCCAGCUUCGCACUGCAGGUCGCGGCCGCCGCGGGACUUGGACCUGCCACCGUCGCAAGAGCAAAACUCGUCAUGGACUCUGUCAUGAGCAACUCCCUGCCACCAGAGAACAAACAGAUAACAAGCAAACAGAACAUGUGCAUAGAAAAAGUGAAAAACAAACUACUCACAGAUAUUUAAUUAUAUUCAAAAAUUGUUACAAUACAAUGUGUAUAAUGAUAUUCAGCUCAGCGCAG